CUUGUCAAUUUGUUAUUGUACUUUAUAUUGAUUGAUCACUUUUUAUUAAUUCGUUUUGAUCAUCGAUAUUUGUAUAUAGAUUUAGUUUCAAUGAUUCGUGAAGAUAUAUAUAAUUAUGAUAUUGAUUUACGCUAAGUUACGACCCUGUAAAUAAUUUUAAAAACUAUUUUUUUAAGUUUUUCUUGCAUUCAUGUGUUUGUUAUAUUAAGUAUCGUGUAUCUUCUCUCUGAUAAUUAAGAAUCAUCGUGAGGUUUUGUUAUCUCCGCGACAGCAAAGUGUUUUUCAAAGUUUUUUAUAUUCAAUAACUAAAUCAUAACCUGAUCUGGUCUAAUGACUGUCAAAAUGGAGAAAGAAUAUGAUUGUAACUUCUACACGUCUCUAAAGACUAGAUCGAAGCAAGCCUGUGAGUUCUGCGAUCAGGAGUUUACUGACGGAUACAGCUACCUCGUCCACAACGCAUCACAUAUCAUAAUACCUCUUAUAAGACAAACCCUGUACUGUUGUGAUACUUGUAAAUUUUACUUUACAACAACGAAUGAUUUCACCGAGCACACCAACAGACAUGUCGGAAUUAAAGACGAAAAGAACAUAGAACUAGAUCUAGCAAAAGUAAAAUUAGAAAAAUCCCCAGAGUUGGUGGAACCGCUGGAGCUGAAACAGGAAUCUCUUGAUAUAGACAUGGACUCGCUUUGUUCAAGCCAUCAUUACAUUGAGGAGGCGUUCUGUGUGGACGUUCGUACGGAGGAUAAAAUAAAAUUUGAAGAUGACUUUGAUUCGGAAUCAUUGAAAAAAUUUACUCAUGUGAAAGCUGAAUUGUAUUCUGAAUGUUGUUACGGUGGAGACGGAAUGUAUGGAGACAGGCAGCAACCAGCAAACGGUGGGGGCUGUGAGGAACCUGCUGCUGUAUGUGGAGUUGAUGACUCUGUUUUGACGAGUGUUCUAACUUCUGAUGAAUGUAGAAGUGUACAUUACAGUGAAUUAAAGAGCACCGGUCUGUCCAUAUGUAGACUCUGUGGUCUGAAGUUGCCCGAUAGGUUCCGUCUCGUGCUCCACGAAACUAAACACCUGAGGCUUGUAAAGCGGAGGAACACGUUUCUGGUGUGCGUUUACUGCGACAGAUACAUAGCGGGGAACUACCGCAACAUGGACAGACACCUCACCAGGGAACACACCAGCCGGCCCAGGAAGAAACACAUCCUGCACAAGUGUAAGGAAUGCCAUCUGCCGUACACGAAGUACCGGAGACACGUCAUGAAUUACCAUCAGAGGGAACGGUGCUCCUGGGAGCGGCUCGAGGAGGGGUCGGUGGAGCGUCGGGGCGGCUGUGGCGUCGGGGCAAGCGGAGAUAACGUAAAGGCGUCCGGCGUCUGCUGCAGAGACGGCAACUCGCACGACGCGUGCGCCCUCACAGGGACGAGGGAGGGGGGCGGCGUCAAACAUAAGACGUCGAGGAGACAGAAGAAGAUGAAGAAGAAGAAGAGCCUCACCAACGUAGAGAGAUUGAGGAACAUACAGCAGAGAUUGAGGAAGAUCAAUAAACUGAGUAAAUAUUGUGACGACUUUUAUUACAUCGACCGACGCUUGAAGUAGUAUGGUUUAUAAGUAUUUCUAACUAGCCGUGCCCGCGAC